AUGGGAGUGUUUUUACAAGCUCGGGGGAACACACCGGACCGCAACUUAAUGGGAGUGAAGCAGGAGCCAGAGGAAGACAGUACUUUUUCCCAACAACCUAAAGAAACGGGAGAGCCGCCUCUGUCGUCAAACGCCGAUAUUCCCAGCGCCGGGCAGAAAGCUGAGAAACAAGAGCUACUCCGAUUCAACAAAUGGACUUACAUAGCGGAAUUAAGACGCUCAGAGAAGUGGGACACUAUGAGUGAAAAAGAAAAGGCAAACCGCAAAGCCGAAGCGCUUGCAAGAUAUCACCACUACAGAGAAGAACGGCUCAGAAUGGGCGAUAUUGAAGAACGAGACGAUGACGAUGAGGAGGAGGAAAUUCAGAAAACGUCGAUCAGAGCUUUUGAAGUGAGGUAUGCGAAGGAAUAG